AAUUGCGCUGAUUCACAUUGGAGACAGACGGAAACAGAACACCGGGCGAAACUACUGAAAAUUACCACAUUUAAAGGGAGUUUUACCUGAUUCUUGUGCUUGAUACGCAAAGAAAAAAUGUUUUAGCUAUUAACUGCUCAAUGAGCGGCCCUUUUGGGCUGUAUAUCGCUAGAAAAGUGUUUAAGACCACUGUCAAGCGUUUACUUUCGUGUUACUAUUUUUAGAAUUUCGAUCAUUAGGGGCAAGUAACUCCCAUUACACACGUGUUUUUGUAAACAAAGAAACUUUUGUUGAAUUUGUGUCAAUACUACCGCAAGACAUGUUGAAACAAUAUUUUACAGAUGGACUUGUGCAGAUUGCUAUUUUGUUGAGCAUUCUGAGGACAGAUUUAUACAGUUUGAAUAGGGAAUAUGUGAAUUACCCUGAAGUGCAAGAAAUAAUUCUGGGACAGACUGCAGCAUAUACUCAUUCAAAUUUUCAUAUAAAUUCGAUUAACAGUCGACUUGGGUCGCGAGAGAUUUAUAGGAAAAACAUUGAUUCAGAAUAUUUAUUUACUUCAUCAAUAUACAGAGAAAUACGGUCAUUCCGUCCAAGGAGAAAUCAAGAUCUCAGUGUACCAACAUUUUUGCUGGUGUCUGGCGCAUCAGGGCCUGCUUUUCACCAACAAGAUACUCCUGAUCAAAAUGAAAAUGAAGAUGAAAACAAUAACAACAUCCAGUUAGAACAAACAUUGACAUCUGAAGACCUUGAACUAGAAGCAGAAAACUUGCUUAACACUUUGGAAGAAACAAUUGGUGCCAUAGCUCCAAACUUCAAUCUUCAGAAUCUGCAAGGCACUGAACCAACUAGUGAGGACCUUGAUUUGAUAGAGGUGCUAUGGAGACAAGAUAUAGACUUAGGUGUAGGGAAAGAAGUAUUUGAUCCAAAUCUACGCAGAGAACUUGAACGAGAGCGCGAAAUAGAACUACAGAAAGAGAGGCAAAAGCAAAAAGAGCAGGAGUUGUUACAGAAGAAGUUAGAAGAGCAGAGAAACCUUGCACAGCAAAGAUGGCUUGCCGACAAUUACACCCAGGAUGGGGAAACUGGAGAGUGGAUUCCAAUGGGCGGUUCCCAUGUGCCUCCGCCUGCACCAGACAUGCCAAAUGUUGGAACUGGUCCCGAACAGUUUAUGUCAAGUUUUGACAGCAUUCCAAUGAUGGGAGAUGGUUUACCACAGGAGAACAACAGCUUCCCUGUAGCCCAACCACCACCACAAUAUCAGGGACAACAACCCAUUCAUCCACAACCAGCACAGCCUGUAUAUAAUGGCAGUAUGGGACAGUACAAUCAACAACUUAACAAUGGUAACAUGACAUAUAGGCCUGGACCACAGCAACCGUCAGCGCAAUGUAACAUGGGUCAGGCCUUCCAUCAAUCACAACAACAACAACAACAACAGUACAACAACACAGGAAAUUUCACACAUCCGCAACACAACUACACUCACAUACAGAAUAUGUCCCAAACUCAGCCCCAACAACAGCAAGGCCAGAACUAUCCCCGUCAGAGUAGCCUGGAGGCCACUUGGCAGGAUCUGGUCAACAUUCUUGACCUCCCACCGAACAACCAGUCCCGUGUAGGCAACGCAAACCAGAGAUUGAUGAAUGGAACAGUUCCAAAUCCCGGAAUGACACCAAUGCAGAACACUAGCUCCAUGUUGAUCCAGAAUGCCUCCAUGCCUACACCAGCACCAAUGAAUGGCAAUGUUACAUUUAACAAUUCUGGUAUGGUUUCUCAGUGUCAUAGAUCACCACCUCAUAGUUCCGGGAUGAUGUCACCCUGUGCUGAAAAUUUCAACUCUAGUAUGCCAUCAGGUAAUGGCAUGGGAUCGUUAGACUGGGAGAGCUGCGGAGACUUGAUUUUCCCUAACAUCACAUCCAACCUAAACGAGCCAAGUGAUCCCAUCGAUGAUGUAGAUGAACUCUUGCCUGACCUCAUCACUGAAGAUGAGCUUGAAGAUAUUAACUUUUCAGAGAUGGGCCUCACUGAUGCGGUGACUCCAACACCAACACGAGGGUAUGGUGGUGACGAUGCUAGCAGUGAUUCUGCUGUAUCAAUGGGUAGCCAGAGUGACGGAUCACCAGAUAUGAAUGACUUUAGUGAUACAGCUCUAUCACCAUUCGAUGGUCUAGAGGGAGCCACUGGUGGCCAUGAUGCAUCACAAUUUCCCAAAACAUCAAAAUAUGAUCCUGACGAUUAUAAAUACGGCAACUCAUGCAGUUACAGUAGUGGUGGCGAGAGUAACGGCUCGAACUUCAGUUCUUCAUCCAACGAUACUGGUGGUGGCGGCCACUAUAGCCAAAGUAACGGAGGAGGCUGCUUCAGCCCAGGAGGUCACGGACAUAUAAACCACAAUCAUUCAUACCCGCUCAAACCUGGCGCAGAGCCUAAAGACUAUUCUAAAAAGAACGGGUACAACAACAACAACAACAAUAGGGAAGGAAAGCAUAAAGGGCCACAAUCUAAAGACCAUAAGAGAAUCAUGGAACUGAAAGUCCCAUUCAGUGUUGAUCAAAUUGUGAAUUCACCAGUAGAAGAAUUUAACGAAAUGUUAACACGUCACAAAUUUUCGGAUCAACAGUUACAACUAAUCAGAGACAUUCGGCGAAGGGGGAAAAAUAAAGUGGCAGCGCAGAAUUGCCGCAAAAGGAAGAUAGGGGUUAUAGAACAUUUAGAGGACGAGAUGACGACGAUGGAAAAUUUAAGAGACAAGUUAAUGCAUGAAAGGCACAUGAUGGAAAAGCAAACGCGAGAAAUGAAAGAAAAAUUGGGACAAUUAUAUUCAGAAAUAUUCCACUCGUUACGAGAUGAUCAUGGGCAGCCUUAUGAUCCAGCACGUUAUUCUCUACAACAGUCAAGUGACGGUGACGUUUUUCUAGUGCCCCGAAAUUACACCACAGAAGAUGAACAUAGUAAGAAACGAAAAGAUGAAAGAAAGUGAACAAACAAUGAAAGCAUUUAGUGAUACAAAAUUAGACUAUUGUGAUUGCAAUUAAGCAGAAGACGUGCUUAAAUUAUUCCUUGAAGAUACGCAGCAGUGGGUAAAAAAAUCAAAUCACGUGUA